AUGGACACUCAAAAAUGGAGUAUAGGUUUCAUAUCUCUCGCUUUUCUCUUCAUCACUUCCUCUUCCGCUGAGCUCCUCAUUAAACAGAGGAAUAGAAUACAACAGUUCUCACAGUUCACGAAUGGAGUGACAAGAGUGUGGAGGGAUGACCGACCAUCGGAUAAGAUUCUUUCGAUAACCAGCUUCUCAAUAAUUAGGACGAGACCUGAACCCUAUGAAUCCUCUGUUUUUGAGGCUGUUGGUUACAAAUGGAGAUUGGUUUUGUACGUGAAUGGUAAUGAAAAGGACGGUGGAAAAGAUCAUGUUUCACUUUACGCGAAGAUCGUAGAGACAGAAUCUCUUCCAGUAGGAUGGGAAGUGAAUGUUGAUCUCAAACUCUUUGUCUACAAUGGAAAGCUAAACAAAUAUUUGAUUGUUACAGAUGGUACAGUGAAACGAUACAACAAUGCGACAAAAGAGUUGGGUUACGGACAACUUAUUCCUCAAUCAACAUUCUACGACGGGAACGAUGGGUACCGUGAGCAGGACACUGGUACAUUUGGUGCUGAGAUCUACAUCGUUAAACCAGCCCAACAAAAAGAGAAAGUCACAUUCAUAUCAAACCCUCCAGACAAUGUUUUCACUUGGAAGAUACUUCAUUUCUCUACCUUGGAAGAUAAAGUCUAUCAGUCUAACGAGUUUCUUGUUGGAGACCGAUACUGGAAAUUAGGAUUAAACCCGAAAGGAGGCUUAGUCCCAAUCUUCCUAUAUGCUCAAGGCUUUAAGGCAAACGCAGUUGUUACAACCACUUAUGCAGCGACUAAUCUGCGGUUAAAGAAUCAACGAAGCAGCAACCACGUAACAACAUAUACUGCAUAUUGGUACCUGAUUCCAAGCGGAUUAGGUUUGGGAGUGAACACUAUACCGUUAUCAGAUGUAAAAGAUGCAUCGAAAGGAUAUGUGGUGAAUGAUUCCAUUAUCAUUGAAGUUGAAAUGCUUACGGUCUCGGUGACGAACAUUGUAUCCGCUUAAAGAUCUCUACUUCUUUACCAUAGUUCAAACAACCUUAUGAAGAAAGAGAUGUUUGUAAUAAGACAACGUUAAUGUUUGUGAUGUAGUCGUUACUUCGGUUUUUCCGAGUUUUCUCUUUUCUGUUUUGUUAUCAAUGAAAAUAAAACUCUCCGG